AUGAAAACUAUUAUUCCAGAUAAGCCUCCAGAAAAAUGGGUUUAUGUAGAAGAAGGACUACAAGGUGAUGUAUCAAUGUUAUUUGAACUUAAUUUUACCUAUAUUAAAUUUGUUUUGGAUGUAGCAGAGACUAGCAUUCAAAAAUCUUUUCACCAAGAAUUAUUUAAUGAAUUGGAUCAGUAUAAGAAGGACCAACAUUAUAAUCUUUUUUAUAAUACUGGAAAACAUGCUAAAUCUAAUCUUAAACAUGAUAAACUUGAGCAACUAGCUUCCUUAUUAGAACUAUCAGCAAUACAGCCAUGGGCAGCAAAUGAUAAUUGGACAUUAAUUAUUAAUGAAGUUUUUAUCUUGAUAUCUUUGAUGCGAAAAUAUGCAAAUAACUUGGAGCAAAUUAACCAAGCUAUGAAAAAAAUACACUUAAGUGAUACACCAGCACAUCAACCAGCUAAUGAUCUAAAAGUAUAUAUGAUUGAGUCUUGUUAA